CUGCCGCCGCCAGGGCAGACUAGAUCUCUUGCUGGGGUGGAGACCACACUCCCUGCCCGCCCGCUCACCUGCCUGCUUGAGCUCCGCAGUUCCAGAGUCCACACCAUGGCGGACAGCCGGGACCCAGCCAGCGACCAGAUGAAGCGGUGGAAGGAGCAACGGGCCUCGCAGAAACCCGAUGUCUUGACCACUGGAGGCGGGAACCCAAUAGGAGACAAACUCAAUGUUCUGACUGCAGGGCCCCGAGGACCCCUUCUCGUUCAGGAUGUGGUCUUCACUGAUGAGAUGGCUCACUUUGACCGAGAGCGAAUUCCAGAGAGAGUGGUGCAUGCUAAAGGAGCAGGUGCCUUUGGCUACUUCGAGGUCACUCAUGAUAUCACCAGAUACUCCAAGGCAAAGGUGUUUGAGCAUAUUGGAAAGAGGACUCCCAUUGCAGUUCGAUUCUCCACAGUCGCUGGAGAGUCGGGCUCUGCUGACACAGUUCGUGACCCUCGAGGGUUUGCAGUGAAAUUCUACACUGAAGAUGGUAACUGGGAUCUUGUGGGAAAUAAUACCCCUAUUUUCUUCAUCAGGGAUGCCAUAUUGUUUCCAUCCUUUAUCCAUAGCCAAAAGAGAAAUCCGCAAACCCACCUGAAGGAUCCCGACAUGGUCUGGGAUUUCUGGAGCCUCCGUCCUGAGUCUCUCCAUCAGGUUUCUUUUUUGUUCAGCGAUCGAGGGAUUCCAGAUGGACAUCGGCACAUGAAUGGAUAUGGAUCCCACACUUUCAAGCUGGUUAACGCAAAUGGAGAGGCAGUUUACUGCAAAUUCCAUUAUAAGACUGACCAGGGCAUCAAAAACUUGUCUGUUGAAGAGGCAGGAAGACUUUCCCAGGUAGAUCCAGACUACGGCCUCCGAGAUCUUUUCAAUGCCAUUGCUAAAGGCAACUACCCGUCCUGGACUUUCUACAUCCAAGUCAUGACAUUUAAGGAGGCAGAAACUUUCCCAUUUAAUCCAUUUGAUCUUACCAAGGUCUGGCCUCACAAGGACUACCCUCUUAUCCCAGUCGGCAAACUGGUCUUAAACCGAAACCCACUUAAUUACUUUGCUGAGGUUGAACAAAUGGCUUUUGACCCAAGCAACAUGCCCCCUGGCAUUGAACCCAGCCCUGACAAAAUGCUCCAGGGCCGCCUUUUUGCCUAUCCUGACACUCACCGCCACCGCCUGGGACCCAACUAUCUGCAGAUACCAGUGAACUGUCCCUACCGAGCUCGAGUGGCCAACUACCAGCGUGAUGGCCCCAUGUGCAUGCAGGACAAUCAGGGUGGUGCUCCAAACUACUACCCCAACAGCUUUAGUGCUCCAGAGCAGCAGCCCUUUGCCCUGGAGCACAGUGCCAAGUGCUCCAUGGAUGUGAAGCGCUUCAACAGUGCGAAUGAGGAUAAUGUCACUCAGGUGCGGACAUUCUACACGCAGGUGUUGAAUGAAGAGCAGAGGAGGCGCUUAUGUGAGAACAUUGCAGGUCAUCUGAAAGACGCCCAGCUUUUCAUCCAGAAGAAAGCGGUCAAGAACUUCAGUGACGUCCAUCCUGACUAUGGGGCCCGCAUCCAGGCUCUUCUGGACAAAUACAACACCGAGCCUAAGAACGCGAUUCACACAUACAUGCAGGCGGGGUCUCACCUGGCUGCAAAGGAGAAGGCUAACCUGUGAGGCCUGGAGCCUGGUCCUCCAGAGAGGAGAGGUCUUCUCAUGAAGCAGAGCCCAAGGUUCCUCUGUAUUCACACCGCUGAAUGGAAGAUUCUCCAAACGCAAGCUAAUGUCUUUACAACGAUAAUGCAGAUUUCUAGAGUGACUAACGUAGCAAUGCUUUUAAUGUUGUUUCCUAAGGUGGGAAAUAAAGGUUAGGGCUUAGCAAUCAUUUAACAGAAACACAGAUCCACAUGUGACACUUGGUUGGACUGUUUGUUUAAAAUAACUUGAAGGAAGGUUUCUAGCCAGGAACAUGAUUUUAUUGGAUAAGAACAAACUUUUGGUGAGAUUAGUAUGUUCCUGUGUUACCUUGUGGCCUGUUAUAUAAUAAGAACAUGGCUAUAAUUCUAUAGGAAGAGAAGUUAAAGAUGGCCAACUCAGAAAUUUUUAUUUUUCUAAUGUUCUUAUAAGAAAAACCAUAUACCAGUAUCUUCCAAAAAUAACUUUAGCUCCUUGAAGCUUCGUGUUUAUUCCUGUGUAAUUGAUCAGAUCCUCUUUUUUUUCACAUGAAAUUAUGUUUAUGCUUAUACACAGUAAUUUCACAACAGGUUGCUUUGUACUUGCUUACAUUUUUACAAUAAAAUGAUCUACAUGUAGGAGUGGA